CUCAUGAUGUCCUUGGUGAUGCUGAGCUCCCCUUUGGUUCAGAGCAGAGACACCCCAGAGCUUUCCAUCUACCAGAGGCCGAGCACCUGCUUGGAGUUCAACGGGACGCACCACUUCCUGGAGCAAUACAAGUACAACCGAGCUGUUGUCCAGUUCGACAGCGCCGUGGGGGUGUUUGUCGCCGUGUCCGAGCUGGGCCGCAUAACCGCCAGGGACUGGAACAUCCAGAGGGAGCUCCUGUACCUGAGACGGAGCGCCGUGGACUCCGUGUGCAAGCACAACUUCGACCUGGACGAGGGUUUCACGCUGAAGCGCCGAGUCCAGCCUCAAGUGCACGUCUCCCCCUCUAAGAAGGGGCACCCGCACCACCACAACCUGCUUGUUUGCCACGUGUCAGAUUUCUACCCAGGCCACAUCCAAGUCUGCUGGUUCUUGAAUGGACAGGAGGAAACAGCUGGGGUUUUAUCCACCAACUUGAUGCAUAACGGAGACUGGACCUUCCAGAUCCUGGUGAUGCUGGAAAUAACCCCCCAGCAGGGAGACGUCUACACCUGCCAAGUGGAGCACCCCAGCCUGGACAGUCCUGUCACCGUGGAGUGGAGGCUACAAGCUGAUUCUGCCCAGAGCAAGAUGCUGGCUGGAGUCGGAGGCUUUGUGCUAGGACUCAUCGCCCUCGGAGCAAGCUUCAUCCUCCGUUUUCGAAGCCAGAGAGGGCUCCUGAACUGAUCUCAGACAUCACACGUAGCCUUGGAAAAAGUGGUUCUGAUAUUCCUGUUGUCCACAACCUCCCACAUCCAGAAAGGACAUUAUGGCUAAAUUGUGCCCCCUUAGGCCAGUUUCUGAGUCUCUGCA